UACUUGUACAAGUCUCUAGAGGCACGUGAUUAAGGUAGCUACAACCAAAUAUAUAAUGUAGUAGUAGUUAUAAAAUCUACUUGUAGAGUGAGUUGUUACUUGUGAGGGAAAUUAACCAUGGGCUCUGUGGAGGACCAUCCUUUGCUUGACUCAAACACACAGCUUGCAAAUUUGUCAUCAGAGGCCAUUGAAGAGUUCUUGGAAACUGGGCCAGUUGGGUUGAGAUGGUGGUCUAAGCUUGUUGCAUGGGAGUCAAGGCUCCUCUGGCUCCUCUCUGGCUCUUCAAUAAUUAUGACCAUUUUCAGUUAUAUGCUUUGCUUUGUGACCUUGAUGUUUGCUGGGCAUUUAGGGUCCGUUGAGCUUGCUGGUGCAUCAGUAGCUAGUGUUGGAAUUAUGGGUCUUUCUAAUGGUAUUAUGCUGGGAAUGGCAAGUGCUGUGCAAACUGUGUGUGGGCAAGCAUAUGGGGCCAAAAAAUAUGCAGCAAUGGGUGUGAUAUUGCAAAGAGCAAUCAUAUUACAUCUUGGUGCAGCAGUGCUUCUCACAUUCCUCUAUUGGUAUUCUGGCCCUUUUUUAUUAGCCAUAGGACAGACAGAGAGCAUAGCAAAGAGUGGCCAAAUUUUUGCCAGGGGACUAAUUCUUCAAAUAUAUGCAUUAGCACUCAGCUGCCCAAUGCAGAGGUUCCUCCAAGCACAGAACAUUGUGAAUCCUCAGGCAUAUAUCGCUGUUGGGGUGUUCCUUCUGCAUGUGCUUCUUUCCUGGAUAGUAGUCUAUGUUUUGAGCUAUGGCCUUCUUGGUGCAGCCCUUACUCUCAGCUUGUCUUUAUGGCUUCUUGUCUUCAUAAAUGCCCUCUACAUCCUUCUUAGCCCAAAAUGCAAGCAAACUUGGACUGGCUUCUCACUAAAAGCCUUCCAAGGAAUUUGGCCUUAUUUCAAGCUCACAGUUUCUUCUGCUGUGAUGUUAUGUUUGGAGAUAUGGUACAGUCAGGGACUAGUGCUUAUAUCAGGCUUGCUCUCCAAUCCUACAAUAGCACUGGAUUCUAUUUCCAUUUGUGUGAAUUACUUAAACUGGGACAUGCAAUUCAUGUUAGGACUCAGUCAAGCAGCCAGUGUCAGAGUUAGCAAUGAAUUAGGAGCAGCUCAUCCAAGAGUAGCAAAGUUUUCUGUCUUCGUAGUGACUGGGACUACCAUCCUGAUUAGCAUAGCAUUCAGCGCCAUUGUUCUGAUAUUCCGGGUUGCUAUGAGCAAGCUUUUCUCUUCUGACUCUGAAGUCAUUGAUGCUGUAACUGAUUUGACUCCAUUGCUUGCCAUCUCAGUUCUCCUAAAUGGCAUUCAACUUAUACUAUCAGGGGUUGCAAUUGGAAGUGGAUGGCAAGGAAUAGUGGCUUAUGUGAACUUGGGUUCUUACUAUGUAAUUGGUCUUACUGUUGGAUGUGUUCUUGCCUUCAAAACUUCUUUAGGAGUAGCUGGAAUCUGGUGGGGAAUGAUCCUUGGAGUUCUGAUACAGACAGUAACAUUAAUAAUUCUAACUGCCAGAACAAAUUGGAAAGCAGAGGUUGGAAAAGCUAUUGUUCGCAUCAAGAGAUCUGCUGAAGAUGAAACCUUAGUGCAACUGGUUGCAGACGUAUAGAGAUAUUUCUCUCCUUUUUUUCUUCUUUAGGCGGAGAACAACACAUCUUAGUUGCAGAUUAAUCUUGUUUAGGGAGGGCUAGGCGAUAUUGUUGAUGUGUUCCUUCUCUCUUUCAGUUCAGAGAAUUUUGAGAAUCAAAUCAUGAAGCCCUACUUUCAAUUCCAGCAUAAGUAUGUUUGGCAUUGUUUUAGAAAUCAUGAAUUAUUGUAGGUCAAUUCCAAAAUCAAGUUCACCAGUGGUGAUGCAAGAGAUGCUAAAUAAAUAAAAUGAAACUUGAGCAUUCA